CUUCCUGAGGAGAAUGAAGCAGGAGGAGCUGGCUGACCGUCUGCAGAGCAAACUUCAAGCUGCACUUUGUCAUCGUAACCUUAAAUCCUCCCUGAAGAAGAAGUUCCAGUGUGUGUUUGAGGGAAUCGCUAAAGCAGGAAACCCAACCCUUCUGAAUCAGAUCUACACAGAGCUCUACAUCACAGAGGGAGGGACUGCAGAGCUCAAUGAUGAACAUGAGGUCAGACAGAUUGAAACAGCAUCCAGGAAACCAGACAGACCAGAAACAACCAUCAGACAAGAAGACAUCUUUAAAGCCUCACCUGGAAGAGAUGAACCAAUCAGAACAGUGCUGACAAAGGGAGUGGCUGGCAUUGGGAAAACAGUCUUAACACAGAAAUACACCCUGGACUGGGCUGAAGACAAAGCCAACCAGGACAUCCAGUUCAUAUUUCCAUUCACUUUCAGAGAGCUGAAUGUGCUGAAAGAGGAAAAGUUCAGCUUGGUGGAACUUGUUCAUCACUUCUUUACUGAAACCAAAGAAGCAGGAAUCUGCAGCUUUGAAGACUUCCAGGUUGUGUUCAUCUUUGAUGGUCUGGAUGAGUGUCGACUUCCUCUGGACUUCCACAAAACUACAAUCCUAACUGACCCUAGAAAGUCCACCUCAGUGGAUGUGCUGCUGAUAAACCUCAUCAGGGGGAAACUGCUUCCCUCUGCUCAGGUCUGGAUAACCACACGACCUGCAGCAGCCAAUCAGAUCCCUCCUGACUGUGUUGGCAUGGUUACAGAGGUGAGAGGGUUCACUGACCCACAGAAGGAGGAGUACUUCAAGAAGAGAUUCAUAGAUCAGAGGCAGGCCAGCAGGAUCAUCUCCCACAUCAAGACAUCACGAAGCCUCCACAUCAUGUGCCACAUCCCAGUCUUCUGCUGGAUCACUGCUACAGUUCUGGAGGAUGUGCUGGAAACCAGAGAGGGAGGACAGCUGCCCAAGACCCUGACUGAGAUGUACAUCCACUUCCUGGUGGUUCAGGCCAAAGUGAAGAAGGCCAAGUAUGAUGGAGGAGCUGAGACAGAUCCACACUGGAGUCCAGAGAGCAGGAAGAUGAUUGAGUCUCUGGGAAAACUGGCUUUUGAUCAGCUGCAGAAAGGAAACCUGAUCUUCUAUGAAUCAGACCUGACAGAGUGUGGCAUCGAUAUCAGAGCAGCCUCAGUGUACUCAGGAGUGUUCACACAGAUCUUUAAAGAGGAGAGAGGACUGUACCAGGACAAGGUGUUCUGCUUCAUCCAUCUGAGUGUUCAGGAGUUUCUGGCUGCUCUUCAUGUCCAUCUGACCUUCAUCAACUCUGGACUCAAUCUGCUGGAAGAGGAACAAACAACGUCCAAGAAAUCUAAAUUAUUUAACAAACCAAAACUCCAAUCUCUCCACCAGAGUGCUGUGGACAAGGCCUUACAGAGUCCAAAUGGACACCUGGACUUGUUCCUCCGCUUCCUCCUGGGUCUUUCACUGCAGACCAAUCAGACUCUCCUACGAGGUCUGCUGACACAGACAGGAAGUAGCCCACAGACCAAUCAGGAAACAGUCCAGUACAUCAAGGAGAAGCUCAGUGAGAAUCUGUCUGCAGAGAAAAGCAUCAAUCUGCUCCACUGUCUGAAUGAACUGAAUGAUCGUUCUCUAGUGGAGGAGAUCCAACAGUCCCUGAGAUCAGGAAGUCUCUCCACAGAUAAACUGUCUCCUGCUCAGUGGUCGGCUCUGGUCUUCAUCUUACUGUCAUCAGAAAAAGAUCUGGAUGUGUUUGACCUGAAGAAAUACUCUGCUUCAGAGGAGGCUCUUCUGAGGCUGCUGCCAGUGGUCAAAGCCUCCAACAAAGCUCUACUGAGUGGCUGUAACCUCUCAGAGAGAAGCUGUGGUGCUCUGUCCUCAGUUCUCAACUCCCAGUCCUCUAGUCUGAAAGAGCUGGACCUGAGUAACAACGACCUGCAGGAUUCAGGAGUGAAGCUUCUGUCUGCUGCACUGCAGAGUCCACAUUGUACACUGGAAACUCUCAGGCUGUCAGGCUGUCUGAUCACAGAGGAAGGCUGUACUUCUCUGGCCUCAGCUCUGAGCUCCAACCCCUCCCAGCUGAAAGAGCUGGACCUGAGCUACAAUCAUCCAGGAGACUCAGGAAUUAAGCAACUCACAAUCGACACAAACACAGUGAACACAAAGCUCCAACUGUCUAACAACAGGAAGGUGACACAUGUGGAGGAGGUUCAGUCAUAUCCUGAUCAUCCAGACAGAUUUGAUGUUCCUCAGCUGCUGUGUAGAAAUGGUCUGACUGGUUGCUGUUACUGGGAGGUCGAGUGGAGAGGAAAAGUUUGUAUAUCAGUGAGUUACAGAAGAAUCAGAAGGAAAGGAGGCAGUGACUGUGUGUUUGGACAGAAUGAUCAGUCCUGGAGUCUGGACUGUGAUUGUAAUGGUCCUCGUCAUGUCUGGCACAAUAACAGAGAAACAUCCAUCUCCUCCUCCUCCUCCUCUGUCUCUAACAGAGCAGCAGUGUAUGUGGACUGUCCUGCUGGCACUCUGUCCUUCUACAGAGUCUCCUCUGACACUCUGAUCCACCUCCACACCUUCAACACCACAUUCACUCAAACUCUUUAUCCUGGGUUUGGGUUCUGGUCUCCUGCUUCCUCAGUGUCCCUGUGCUGA